UCCUCUGUAGGGUCCUGGAGCCCUCUGGUGGCAAAUCCCUGGAGUGUCUCCUGCAUUGUGGGACACCCCUGCCCCCCACCUCCUGCAGGGUGAGACCUCGGCCCCCUUCCCCGCCCCACUGAGGCAGCCAGUCCCCGCCCUGGGGCCGGCUGGACGCUGAGACACAUCGACACCAGUAGGGGGCAGCACGUGCCCGCGUGUCACAAUGGCGGCUCUGCCUCCCCCUGCAGGAUGCCCCGGGAACUGCAUCACAAUGUUCCGGGCCGGGGCCCCCCGCCUCCCCCCGCCCCGCGCUCCCCAGUCAGCUGUGCCGGCAGGGUGGGGGGCAGGGAUGCAGGGCCCGGCUCGCAGGCUCCCGGCCCCACCCCCUCUCCGAUGGGGGAGACCCCCUGCCCCCGGUGCCCCAUCUCCGGCCCCUGCUGCCUGGACGUUCAGGACACGGUCCUCCUCCUGGUGGCGCUCACCCUGCUGGGGCAGGUCGUCCUGAAGAUCGUGACGGUGAUCUGCCACCAGCUCUGGAGGCUGCUCACGGGGCUCGGAGGCUUUUUUGUGCCCAAGGCACCUCCAUCCCCGCCGCCCGACGCCACCAUCCGGAAGCCCCGCUGCCCGACGCACGACCCGAGCCCCAUCUCUCCCCGUCACCGGCGCUCCCCUCCCUGGGAGCUGCCCCUGCCUCGGCUCUGCCCCUGGGAACCCAUGCGGCUCACCAUGGACGUCAACCUGCACCGGGACCCGCCCCGGCACGACCGUGAGCCCCCGCGGGGCCUCCACGACGCACCUCGGCACCGCCCCAACGCCCUGGGGCCCUACCAUAACUGCACCUGCCCCCGGGCCGCGUCGGCCUCCUCUGCCCUGCCCCGCUAUGCCAGCCAGCCCAAACUGCGCCCGGCCACCGUCUCCCGCGGCACCGACGCCCGCCCGGUACCCGGGGUCCGGUUCCGCCCCACCAGCCGGGAGGAGCUGGUCUUGUCGGGGGCCGAAUCCCAGCAUCAGCGGCCCACCAAGGUCUACAUCUACCCAGUCCACCCGGAGACGCCGCCUGGCAGCCGCGACCCAUCGCCCGGGCGCCGGGAGCUGCGCUGGAAGGAGAGCGCGGGGAGGCCAGCAGGGGGCGCCAGGCAGAGCCGGGACCUGGCCACCGACACCACCGAGGAGGGGGCAGCGGAGAAGCAGGCGCUACCCAGUGGCCGCGCCCGGUAUUUCAAAGUGCAGGAGCCCUCCAUGCAGGACUGGGUCUACCGGCCCCUCAAGGAGCCCCACUGGAACUGGAACCAAGUGGGCUAAAGUGCGGGGCCUGCUCUCCCCCCUGCCCCAGCUUGGAAAAUAAAGAGUAAAGCCACGUAGCACUGGUGGGUGCCUGGCCCCAGCCCCCUGCUCUAACCACUCGACCCCACUCCCCUCCCGGAGCCCGGGAGAGAACCCAGGAGUCCUGGC